CCAAAAACGAACUGAAAUUAUAAAGAUUUGAAAUAGUAAUUUUUUUAGACAACUUAAAAAAUCUAUAUUAUAAAACAAAGAGAAUAGCUUCAUAGUUUGGCUUCAAGUCCUAAUCUACAUCAAAACUCACCAAAUUUUCUGUCACCAUCAAUUAACCAAUUAUAAAUUAGAUAAGUUAGUCAAAUUAGUAUUAUUCUCUCACUUUUAAACUCUUCUACAUAUUCACUUUAAUCCCCCUUUUUGAAAUUUCAAGUUAUAUUCAAGUAUAUACUUUGCUCACAAAAGUGAUCCUUAAAUUUGACAUCUUACCGACAGAUAGACUAACCACACUUUGCUCACAAAGAAAGUUCCUCUCACUCUUAAAAAAAAAAAAAUAGCUCUUCUUGCUUGUCAUUUAAAAAACCUUGUACCUUAAAUCCGACGGUCCAUAUUUCAUCUUCAUCGUCCAAUACAUAAUUUUCUACGAAUGUCCAUACAAUUUAUCUUAAUAAUUUUCCGAUCUUCUCAAAUUUCAUUCGUUGACCCACCUCAGAUCUAGGCUAAAUUACUCAAAAAUUUCUCUAAAUUCCUAUCUUUUUCAUAAAACCCAUCAUCCAAAAUCUACGAUUUUGAGGAUAUUUGCUCUUGGAUCUGUCAAUCUGUAAGUUUGAAUACUUCAAAGUUGUAAUCUUUUUAUUUGAUUCAUUCGAUUAUAUUAUAUAGUUUUGAAUUAUUAUUGUUGAUUAUAUUGUUAGUAGUUAGUACUAUAGACAAUGGAUAGUGGGUAUUCAGCUGUUCCUAAAGAAAAAUUUGUUGAAUUACAAUUGCAAAACAAUGAUUCAUCAACACUUAUACCAGUUGCUAGUAAUGGGUAUACAAAACCAUCAAAUGGGGUUGAUCCAUAUGAUGGUAAUGUUGACAUUGAUGAUUCUGAAUUUGAUAAUUAUCCUAGUUAUCCGUUGAUUGUUGGUGGGAUUGGUAAAGGAUCAGGGGUUCCUGGUGCAGUUUUUAAUCUUACAACUUCCAUUAUUGGUGCUGGGAUUAUGGCUUUGCCUGCUGCAAUGGGGGUUCUAGGGUUAGGUUUAGGGAUGGUUUUGAUAGUUGUUAUCGGGGUUUUGUCGGAGAUUAGUGUCGAAUUGCUGGUGAGAUUCGCGGUACAUUGUAAAGCAACAUCGUAUGGAGAGGUUGUUCAGUUUGCCCUAGGCCGUCCUGCGAGGAUUUUGUCCGAGAUUUGUAUUAUUGUGAACAAUGCAGGGGUUUUGGUUGUUUAUUUGAUCAUUAUUGGGGAUGUAAUGUCGGGUUCAUAUCAUCAUAUUGGGGUGUUUGAUCAGAUGAUGGGUAAUGGGGUUUGGGAUAAGAGGAAGCUUGUGAUCUUGGUGGUUUUGAUCAUCUUUUUAGCACCGUUGUGUGCGUUGGAGAAGAUUGAUUCCUUGAGCUUAACUUCAGCUGCUUCAGUUGCUCUUGCGGUGGUGUUUGUUGUUGUUACGUGUUCCAUUGCACUUGUUAAGGUCAUUGAAGGGAAGAUUGAUCCUCCUCGAAUGACACCGGAUUUUAGUUCUAAAAAGGCGAUUGUGAAUCUGCUGGUGGUGAUCCCAGUGAUGACGAAUGCGUAUGUUUGCCACUUCAAUGUUCAGCCUAUUUAUAAUGAGCUUGAUGGACGUUCUCCUCAAAAGAUGAAUCGCGUAGUAAGAAUCACAACACUUGUCACUGUUGUGAUUUAUGGUUUUACUGCCUUUUCAGGCUAUUUGCUUUUCGGGAAGAAUACUGAAUCUGAUGUUCUCACCAAUUUUGAUACAGAUCUUGGAAUUCCUUACAGUGCUGCCCUGAAUUAUAUUAUUAGGAUUGGAUACAUAUUGCAUCUUGUUCUUGUUUUUCCAGUUAUUCAUUUCUCUCUUCGGGAGGCAGUUAAUGACUUGUUUUUUAGCAAUUCACCUCUUCAUGAGAGUAGGAAAAGGCUUUACAUACUAACUUCUGUGUUGUUGGCCCUGCUGUAUCUUGGUUCAACAAUGAUUCCGAGCAUUUGGACUGCUUUCAAGUUCACGGGGGCGACAUCAGCAGUAUCAUUAGGUUUCAUAUUUCCAUGUCUUAUUGCGUUACGGCUGAAUGGACAAGGGCAAAGUUUAAGCCAUGGAGAGAAGUUUUUCUCAUGGACCAUGUUGAUAGUGGCUGCAAUAGUUGGUAUAAUUGGAGUAAUUGGCAAUGUUUACGGGCUCCAAGACCAUUCUUAGAGAUUAAUAUCAAAAGUAGGCUUCUUUUAGUUGAUACUCUUUGGAGGUGAUGAGGAGAUCUAUACAGGUUAAAUCGGAUCUUCUGCUGUGGAAAUUGGAGGAUCCCUGGAAGUGGAGAGUGUAUCAAUACAUCAUUGAGUUUGUCCAUAUGUAAAGUGUUCCACAAUGGGCCAUAACAAUUGUUUACCCAUUACUGCAUUAUGCAGGUGGAUCUAAGCAUAGUUUUUUGCUCGAUAUUGGAGGUCGUGAUUGACUGUCUGAAAUCGUUCGAUCAUUGGAUGGCUCGACAUGGAAGGUGAGACUCUUAAGAGAACUGCUGCAUCGCGAGGAUUUGGAGGCUCCUUCUAUUUAGGCACACAUUCUUAGCACUAGUGCGCAGCAGUUCUCUUGAGGUCAGCUGUGAUGGACGCGCGCUGUACUAAAUGCAGUCAGAGUCACAGGCUCACAGCAAAAAAAGGUCAUCAUACUGUGAGUCUGUGACAUAUCCGCAAAUACAGGGUUUGUUCUACUAUUGAGGUCAGCUUCUUAUGCAUGCAUAUCGUGCACUAAACUAAAGUCAAUGUUUAAAUUAUUAGGAUACUCUAAUUAGUGCGUAGUGCACAAAUAAGUUUGAUUCUUUCGUAUAUGGAGUAUUAGCAUUAUUGUCUGCCAAACUACUGAAUUCUUGAGUGACAAAUUUAUGACUAUUCUUAUCAGUUACUUUAAGGGUAUCUUUUAGGUAAUUGUUAGGAUAGUAUCUUUUAUGUAAUCUUACCAUGAAAAAUUUGUACUUAGUUUAGCUGUUUAGGAAUGUUCCUAUCCUCUUAUUCUUUCCUAUUCUUGGUAAGUUUCUCAUGUAUCAUGUAUAUCAGUUACUAUAUAUAUAUGUUGCAAUACAGUAAAUACAAGGCUGAGUUUUUACAA